AAAGGAAAAAAAAAAAAAAAGAUGGCUUCUUCUUCUUCCUCCACCUCUUGUGUUUUCAAGAUAAUAUUGGGCUCAUCAUCGGCGUCGCGGCGACAAAUUCUAUCGGAGAUGGGUUACGAUUUCACUAUCAUGAGCGCGGAUAUUGAUGAGAAGGAGAUUCGGAGGGAAAAAGCGGAGGAUUUGGUGAUGGUUUUGGCCAAAGCUAAGGCCGAUGCGAUAAUAUCAAGGCUUCGGAGCAAUGGUUUUAAUCAAGGUGGUUCUGAGCCGACGCUCUUGAUUACUGCUGACCAAUUUUUGCAUUUUGUGGAGGUUGUGGUCCAUGGAGGGGCGAUUAGAGAAAAACCGAGCAGUGCUGAAGAAGCACGAGAAUUUAUCAAAGGUUACUCUGGAGGUCAUGCAUCGACCGUCGGAUCUGUGCUCGUUACAAAUCUGAAGACUGGUAUCCAAAAGGGAGGAUUGGAUAUAGCUGAAAUAUACUUUCACAAAAUACCCGAUGAGGUUAUUGAGAAUUUGAUUAAGGAGGGGAGUGUUCUUUAUGUUGCUGGUGGCCUGAUGGUUGAACAUCCUUUAACCUCACCAUUUGUCGAAGCAAUCGUUGGGACAAUAGAUAGCGUGAUGGGGCUUCCGAAGGCCCUCACAGAGAAACUUAUCCGAGAAGCCCUUGAAAAGACUCCAAGGACCUAGCGGCAAUUGACUUCCUUAUUUGAUGUUCAAUUUAAUUAGAUGAAAUUAUCUAAUGGAGAAUGGCCAACAAAUUUUGUCAUGACCAGAUAUGGGAAACUAACUACGAUAUUGUAGUGCUCUAACACAUUUUAAACAGUUUUAAUUUAUGAUCAUGCUCCAUGUUUGUGACCUUAAUCUUAAGUAACAUCUUAUUCAUCAAGAUUAUGACAUGUUACUUCAUGUUUUCUUUAUAUUUAUUGCAGGAAUUUUUUUUUAUGCCGUACGUCAAUGUUAGAAUAUUGAAAAUGUCUUAGUGUUGUCACAGUUGUUAAUAUUUGCCUGAAAUAUUGAGCACAUUGUUGAUAAUGUAAAUUUUAUGGCAAUGAAUAAGUUAGAGAGGGGCAUCAUUUAAAUAGUAUCAUGAAUUCAAUUAUGGCUUUUCCAUCAACUCGGGCCUUGCUUGGCCCGUUUGAGUAGUGCUGUGUGAAGAAGCUCCGAUAGCAUUUUGUUAACUCUUCUUGAACAACUUUUUGGCGCAUUAGAAGCAGUAGUUUCAAAUUAAAACUUCUGCUUUGACAACCUAGAGGCUUAUAUUCAGCUUUGUAUCAUGGUGAAGGUCCAAACAUUCUGUUUUGGGAAGAGAGAUGUGUUCAGAAACACUGUUAAACAGACAAUUCAGGCUCAUUCUCAUGUUCUUCAAGGAAACUUUUCCUAUUAUAUUUCUGUUUCUAUAUUGUUUGGACAAUUUAUAGAAUUUAUUUCUAGCAAUUGUACACAGCAUAAGAGUGGAACUUCCAUAAAAAAUUGCAUUUGUAUUUAUAAAUUCAUUAGAAUAGAUAAAUGAAGUUCAGGGAAAAACGAAGAGAGUUAUAUAACAUUUAAGGAUACAUUGCACCAAAACCAUGGUCAGACCUUUUUAGGGUGUUUUAGUUCGAUCGCAAUAUUUCACUUGUAACGAUUAGAAAUCUAAUCUUUGCAUUCCGUUGAGACCUUACCUGUUUCUUUUCUAGAAGUUUCCCAAGUGAAUUGAAAUAUCCAUGUAAUCGUUAUAUGAGAAAUGCAAAAGAACACUUGUAUAACAUUUAUAAGAAGGUGAUAUUUUAAUGAAAUAUAAAAAUUAGGAACCAAACUAAAACUACCAUGAAAGAUCGAGGACUCCAGGUAUGAUUUACCGCCUCUUUUCCCCUCGACCAGUUGUUCUGAGUUGUUAAUCGCUUGCUUUAUAUGACUUGCUUUACUAGCCCAGAUACAGAUGACAACUUCACCAGAUCCAGAAACAAAUUUAUCAUUGUUAGCGUGAAUCAGAUGAUGGAGCAUCGAAUGCAUGACGACUUUCACCAUUGGAUUGAGAAGAGCAUCAUCAGGUGUUUCGCCAUUGGGCUGGUUUUCUUGUUAAUGUCAGCUAAUCUGAAAUCGUGUAGUUCCUGAUCUACAGAGUCAGUACUGGCAAUCAAUCAUGAUCGAUCGCACACUGACACUGAGACUCAGCUAUGGGAUGAAGCUUCUCCUGGUGCCAAAAUUUGAUCUUGAAUGUGUUUCAUGCAUCAAAUUGCUUCUUUUUUUAAAAAAAUUUUCCCAAUUGACAUCACUCUGUGGAGCAGAAACUUACAUAAGGUGGUGUGCAAUUUUUUAAAAUUAUUUUUUUAAAGGUAGCUUAGUGAAAUUAUUAUAUAAGUUAGAUACUGAUUCAUCAUGUAUUUUUCAUUACCAAUUUAGCUACCCAUUUCUUGUAAUCAUAUUUCAGCAGAUCUGUGAAAUUAUUUCAUAUCUAUUCAAACAA